AAUAACUUCAUCUACAAUGUUAAACCCCCAAAACAGUGUGCAUUUUGGAACCGUUUUGUGCUUCCUCCAUCAUAGUCUGCUUAUCAUUGAAGCAAAACCAUGGCAGAGCCUAAAAUCAAGUACGAUCGUCAGCUCAGAAUUUGGGGCGAACAAGGGCAAACAGCACUUGAAAAAUCAAGCAUAUGUUUGUUGAACUGCGGGCCUACCGGCUCCGAAACCUUAAAAAACCUUGUCCUCGGUGGGGUCGGAAGCGUCACCGUCGUUGAUGGUUCUAAACUUGAACUUGGUGACCUGGGAAAUAACUUCAUGGUGGACGAAUCAAGUGUUGGCCAAUCGAAGGCGAAAACUGUUUGUGCGUUUUUACAAGAGUUGAAUGAUGCUGUCAAGGCCAAAUUUAUUGAAGAGCAUCCAGAGGAGUUAAUAGAAUCAACUCCAUCCUUCUUUUCGCAGUUCACUUUGGUUGUUGCCACACAGCUUGUUGAAGAUUCAAUGGUGAAAUUGGAUAAAAUCUGUCGUGAUGCAAAUGUCAUGUUGAUAUUUGCACGCUCAUAUGGCCUUACUGGUUUUGUUCGGAUCAGUGUGAAGGAACACACAGUUAUUGAAUCGAAGCCUGAUCAUUUUUUGGACGAUCUCCGUCUAAAUAACCCAUGGCCAGAGCUCAGGAGGUUUGCAGAAACAAUAGAUCUGGAUGUGGCUGAUCCUGUUGCUCACAAACAUACACCAUAUAUUAUCAUUCUUAUUAAAAUGGCAGAGCAGUGGGCCAAAUGUCAUGGCGGAACUCUUCCAUCAACAAGGGAAGCGAAGAAGGAAUUUAAGGAUUUAAUCAAGGCCAGAAUGAUUGCAUCAGAUGAAGACAAUUAUAAAGAAGCCAUAGAAGCUUCAUUCAAAGUCUUUGCUCCUCGAGGAAUAAGUCCACAUCUACAGCAGAUAAUUAACGAUAGCUUUGCUGAUGUUAAUUCCAGUUCCUCAGAAUUUUGGGUGAUGGUAGCAGCUUUGAAGGAAUUCAUAUCUAAUGAAGGUGGUGGAGAGGUACCUCUAGAGGGAUCGAUACCAGAUAUGACAUCUUCCACGGAGUUAUAUGUCAACCUGCAAAAAAUCUACCAAGCCAAGGCCGAGGCUGAUUUUCUUGUUAUGGAACAAUGUGUGAGGAAAAUAUUAAAGAAGAUAGGUAGAGAUCCAGAUAGCAUCUCAAAGGCAAACAUAAAAAGCUUUUGCAAAAAUGCCAGGAAAGUCAAGGUAUGCAGAUAUCGCCCCAUUGAGGAUGAGUUCAAUUCUCCAAUUCUACCAGAGUUACAAAAGUAUCUAACGGAUGAGGACUACUGUGUCGCUGUGGGAUUCUAUAUUCUACUACGGGCUGCAGAUCGUUAUGCUGCAAACUACAAUAAUUUCCCAGGGCAAUUUGAUGGUGAGAUGGAUGAAGACAUAUCCAGAUUGAAAACAAUAGCGGUCACCCUUCUUGGUGACUUGGGUUGCAACGGGUCGACCUUAACAGAAGACCUUAUCAAUGAGAUGUGCCGAUAUGGUGCUGCAGAACUUCAUGCGGUGGCGGCCUAUGUUGGGGGCAUUGCAUCACAAGAAGUAAUCAAGCUCAUUACAAGACAAUUUGUUCCAAUGUGUGGGACUUUUAUAUUCAAUGGCAUCGAUCACAAAUCUCAGUUGUUGUCUCUGUAGUCCUCAAAAGCAACAGGAAUUGUAAUGGCUCCUUCUCCUUUCAAGUUAUCAGCUGAUUCUUGUUCAUCCGAUAUGGAGCGUGUCCAUUCGAAGUGCAGCUAAGUGGGAAGAUUAUCAUACAAGCAAUAAGGUCGAAAUUUUUCUGGAGGUUGUACUCUAUUUAUCCACGAGGAAAAUGCAGUUUCAAAUAUUUAAUGGAUGUGGGAUACAUGCCAACUGAGCGAAAUUCUGAAAUUCAAAUACUAAAACUUCGGAUUUCGAAAUUUUCAAAGAUAUCAAUUGGAAUUCGGUCCAUUAAGAACUGGAUUUCUCAAUUCUAUUUCAUGUUCCUCGUAUAAUUUGGCUCAAGAUUAAAAUUGUAUUUUUUUGAUUGCACGCUUA